AUGGCUAAUUUAUUCAAGAUUGAAGUAGCUGAAGCAUCGGCACGCAUUCAAGGAUACGUUCGCAGGACUUCGUGUGUAUUUUCACCGCGCCUUUCUUAUCUGGCUUCGAGCCGGGUCGGCCUUCGAAAGAAGAUCAAUGUGUUCAUUAAAACCGAGAACGAACAAAUCGCUGGCUCAUUCAAGUACCGAGGGGCCAUGAACAAGCUGCUGAAGCUAAACGAGAAUCAGCUUCGUGCGGGAUUGAUCACAUACAGUACAGGAAAUCACGGAGUAGCCAUCGCGAAAGCUGCAAUGGACCUGAUGAAUGAAAGAGGAUACGAUAUACCCGUUCAUGUCGUGGUAAACCAAAGCAGCCUUGAGUCAAAAAGAUCGAAACUCCAGGACAACGGCGCGCAAACCAUACGCAUCAAUGGCAGUAGUAUGAUUGACUGCCGGACCACAGCACACGCCAGGGCAACAGAACACGGAUACACGCUUAUCGAGUCAUUUGACCGCGAUGUGAUGAUUGGACAAGCUACAGCCAGUCUGGAGGCUUCCCACCAGAUUGAGGGAUUGGAAGAAGGGCGCUUAGACGGCGUCAUUGUUCCUUGUGGAGGGGGAGGUCUAACUACGGGCACUGCACUACUCUUGAAUGGCAGCAGCACGUCCGUCUUUGCUGCUGAGCCGCUGGUUGGUGGCGCGCGUUUGGCUGCUAGUUUGCUGCAGGGGCAGCUGUGCGAGCGCGACAUGGUCGGAUAUACGUGCGCUGACGGCUUGCGAACGUCGGUGUGGGAAUCCAACUGGCAAGUGUUGAAAAGCACGGAUUAUUUAAAAGCAUGCUUCCCAGUCACGGAAGGACAGAUAUCAGAUGCUUUGAGAGAGCUUCGAGAGAUAUUAGGGCGUCCCAUCGAACCCAGUGCUGCUGUCGGGCUUGCAGCGGCGCUGUACCACCCCGAUUUGAGAGCCUUUGAGCCCCAGGAAGAGGUGAAGACGUGGAACAUUGCGGUGAUCCUGACAGGAGAUAGAAACACAUGUUGUCGCUCCGUCCUUGAGUUGGGCUUGCAAUCUCACGUACAGCUGGUGCCGCUGCCAUCUUAUACUAUGGAGAACAAGGUUAAGUUUCGCGUUUUUUUCAUUGGCCAGGGUGGCCGUGAGCACGUCUUGGCUAUUACGCUGCUAAUGACUUUAUAUCCGCGAUGGCGAUGGUUGAUAGCCUACCCACGGAAAGAUUGGUUUAUUCCAGAAUCCCCGCCUUGGGCGCGCACUGGUGAACCAGAAGCAGAAGAGAAUGAUGGCCACACCGAGCAGACUACUGGCACGAUUGCCACGGGUGUUGUUGACGCUCUCUUCCGUGACAAAGGAACCAACAAGCAUGGAGGCACGAUAAAGAUUCUGAUCAAUGAGAUGAUGUACUGUUGUGUUUUGGCACGUCAUUGUGUUUAG